CACCUAGUGCAAAAAGUAUUUCUUGCACAGUCGCCCGCGUCAACCAAGCACUUUGAAAAGUUUAUAUCAAUGCAAAAGUUGUUCAUUGCAUUCAUCUCUACCGAAUGACAUAUUUUUUUUUAGUGCAGACUGCACAGAUACAACGUUUUAGGUCAUAAACUAGAUCCGAGUCAGAAUUCUGCUCGUAAUCCUCAAUUUUCGUUAACAGAAGUCAACUUCUGUGUAAUAAAGUAUCAUAUUCAGAAUCAGGAUCAAAAUUGAGUUGAAUGAUGUGUAUUUCUAUCCUAUCCGACUACUUUAAUUCAAAGUGCUUGGUUGACGCGGGCGACUGUGCAAGAAAUACUUUUUGCACUAGGUGCAAAAUAGCCGAGAAAAUCGAUUUUUUCAAUUUUUAAAAUUUUCACCUCUCCGCCAAAACUUAUCUAACCCGUGAGUUAUUGCACACGUAUACCCCCGAAGGUGUCCUCUACAAACUGGCAAAGUUUGAGGGUAUGUUUGGGGGAGAGGGUACUCCUCCUUGAACUCUCUAUCUAUCAUAAACGGAUCUUAAAUCACUGUAUACCAUGGAAAUAGAAAUUUAAAUUAAGCUAGUCCUAUAUGUAUGUCAAACAGUUAUUCUCAUUGAUGAUGUAUGUAACGGAAAAACAUUACCAGUAUGUUCUUUCUAUCAUUCUACCCUAUCUUUUGUUCAGGAGCAUUUGUCUGAUACUACAACUUGCGUUACCCGUAAUGGCUUUUGCAGUUUCCACACAAGAGUUAGUCUUAAAAGGAGGCACUGAUACUAAUAUGGCACCACCAAUAGACCAUUAUAAAAUGGUAUUUCAACCAAUUGCACAACGAUUUGGUUUUCAUUUCGAUUUGAAAAUUGUGAGAAGAGGUUAUUAUCCACGAGGUGGUGGCGAAGUUCAGAUUCAAACUACCCCUAUAUCAAAUUUGAAUUCAAUUGAUUUGACUGAAUUUGGACAAAUUAAACGAUUUUUCGGUAGAGCAUUUGUGGCUGGACCACUGACCAGAAAAAUUGCUCAUGAAAUGUCUCAAACAGCUCAAAAAUUAAUUGAACAAAAAUAUCCAAAUAUUCCAAUAGAAAUCGAUGUUGUUAAAGAAGAUGAAAAGCAGGCGAUGGGUACAGGGACGGGAAUUAUUGUGGGUGCUGAAACGACAACUGGAUGUAUUCUGGCAAAUUCUGCCUUAGGAAAACGUGGUGUUCCAGCAUUUGAAGUUGGAAAACAAGCAACAGAAUCGUUAUUGAAUGAUUUAGCAUGUGAAGCGUGUGUUGAUACACAUUUACAAGAUCAAUUGAUAUUAUUAAUGGCAUUAGCUAAAGGAAAAUCAAGAAUUCGUUGUGGACCAAUUACAGAUCAUACAAAAACCGCUAUUUACGUUGUAGAAUUAAUGACAAAGGCAAAAUUCACAAUAACUGAGUAUUCACCUUUGUCAUCAACAACAAGUGAUGAUAAAGCAACAGCAAGUUCAAAAUUAUCUUCAUUAAAUUCUUAUAUCAUCGAAUGUGAAGGUAUUGGUUAUCAGCAGUCGACUUAG